AUGUCUUCUGACGGCCGCUACCCGUAUUAUAACUACCCGGCGUACGGAAACCCCAGCCAGUCUCCGUCGAACUACGAGACACAACCUCAACGACCUAUCCGCUCCAACUCUGGCUCCUCAUCGCAGUCACAUCCCCACUCGCCAUUACAGGCAAAUCAAUAUGCUCAUCAUCCACCCAGCUCUUAUACUCCUGCUCAGCAACAACGCCAACAACAACAACAACAACAAACUUAUCCGUAUGCGAGCUCCUCAUCGACAACGCCGCCAGCCCAGACCUCUCAGCAACAUUGGUCACACAACAACUGGACAUAUCCACCUCCAACAGAAACGAGGCAACAGACAACGUAUAGUACCGGUACACGGUCGGCAUCUAAUGACGAGCAGCCACGCCUUCCUCCCCAGCCACAUAGGACUUGGAGCCAUCCAUCGAGCUCUACCUCUCAAUCACAGUACUCACCACCACCACCACCGCCGCCGCCGCCGCCGGAAAGCAAUACCCCGAAUGUUGUUUAUUCACCACCACCACCCCAACCUCGCUCUGAUCCCGCGUCGCAUUCUCAAAGAACAUAUCCCCUGCCGAGAGCUUUGUCUCCUCGUCGGAACAGCCAAUCAAACCAAUUGGCCAGCCCAAGCUACCAGAUGCCGAGUCGAGUCGUUUCGCGACCACCUCCCAUGCACCAUCUACCUCCCCCACCUCCCAAAUCAUUGCCCCGCCAUCAGCACUCGCACUCGCACUCGCAUUCUUAUUCUUCCCAACCAAGCCCUCCUCCACAAAUGCCGCAACAACAGCCACACCAGCCAUCUCAGAACGAUAAUUUGCUGAAACGGCGACGCGAUUCAACACCUAUCUCAACAGCCCCAACACUGAUGCCUGAGCCAGAACCAGGUCCUUCGACAUAUAAUCCCAUCCAUUCGUAUUCUCAGUCUCCUGUUGCGUAUUCACCGGUUUCUGCCUAUUCCACCACUCCGCCAAUCCCUGCACCAGCUUCUGCCAGCUCUUUCUCCGCCCAGAUUGACUUCCGCAAGUUGAUGAACUCGUACCAUAUGAUUAUGGAGGAGACCAAGCUUGCCUUGGGUGAAGACGCAUCUCGACGACAGAGCGACACCGUGACCACGACUCUCAACCGUAUGAUGGACGAUGCAUUCAAUGCUGCCCGGACGCUAGAUGACGCCAACGCCAGUGGUGGUAAUUCCACCCGUCCAUUCAACAGUCAAAGUACAUUGCCAUUUCCGAUUGCACGGAUGUCGCCAGUUGCGCAGCAGCAAACGCAACACACAACGCCUCACGGUUACUUGCAGCGCAUCCAUUCCAAUUCCACCACUUCUUCUGCUUCAGACGAUCAGCAGCCACAUUCGGGUUCUUACCAGCAACAACAACACUCACCUCCCCAGCGCUCCCCCGCGCAGCCAGCCCGACCGAACCACAUUCAAACAAAAGGACCAAAUGCAAGUUCUCCAAAUGAAGGUACCACCAGCAAGGUUAACAAGUCGUCGCCGCAGAGCGGAGCUAGGAGGCCGCCGCCAAUUGCUUCUGCCAGUGUAAAUGAUAUCAGCGUCCCGGCGCCAACCUCGCCUUCUAAACCCAAGGUGCAUGAAGACUCACCGGGCGGUGAUGCUAGCGGGUCAACCAAACCGCGGCAUGCGGGUGGAACGCAAACAUGUCUGGGUUGUGGAGUAACAGCAACGCCUGAAUGGCGUCGGGGCCCAUUAGGUCCGCGGACGUUGUGUAAUGCUUGUGGUCUCGUUUACGCGAAGAUGGUCAAGAAGCGCAUACGCGAGGAUGCCCGUGGUGGUUCUGCGAAAUCGGCAACCACAGGCAUGAAAAAGCCUACUUCUCGGACUGCCACCCAGCGCGAGACGGAUGAUCGGGACCAUGACUCGCCCGAAGCUGAAAGUGAGGACGACGAGCCGGUGUCUGGUAGAUGA